UAUAUUUAUAUCACUCGUUCCUUACAUCCUCUUCCUUCGUCGAUUCUUCUUCAGUAAGAUCUCCUCGCUUCCGUGCUUACUCCAUUUCCAGGAAUUAUCGCAGUCUCCUUUGCUCUAUGAAACCCUAAGUCUUCGCAGAUUCUUGAUAUCGCGUGUUAAAAUGGAUGGAGUUAGAGGCGACACUGAUUCAAUGGCAUCACCUGUACAACGACGUGCGAAUGAGGCGUGGAGGCUGUAUCAGUAUUACUUAGACAAAACCACGCCUCACGCAGUUAAUAGGUGGAUCGGGACGCUUGUGAUGGCAGGGAUAUACUUUUUGAGGGUUUACUACGUUCAAGGGUUCUAUAUCAUUACUUACGCGCUGGGGAUUUACGUUCUGAACCUGCUGAUUGGGUUUUUGUCACCACUGGUCGAUCCCGAGCUUGAUGAUACUUCUGAUGGUCCGAUGUUACCUACAAAAGGUUCAGAUGAGUUCAAGCCAUUCAUCCGUCGACUUCCAGAGUUUAAGUUCUGGUACUCCAUGACUAAGGCUUUCUUCAUAGCGUUUGUGAUGACAUUCUUUUCUUUCUUCGACAUCCCUGUCUUUUGGCCAAUACUUCUCUGCUAUUGGAUCGCUCUGUUUGCACUGACGAUGAGGCGCCAAAUCUCACACAUGAUCAGUACAAAUACAUUCCUUCAGUCUGAAAACAGUAAGUUGCGCAUGCUCAUGCUCAUGAAACUAAUCCAAAUCUCAUUCAGAAACAUUACUGAGUUUUCGUGUUCUCAAAACAGAAAUAUGGAGGGAAGAAGGCUUCUGGUAGCAGCUCUCGCGGAGACUGAAGCAUAG